AUGACGCUCUUCGGCAGCGGGGACGCGGGCUGGAGAUAUUUGGAGAUGGCCAGGGAGUCCAAGGCGAGCCGGGCCAGGCUGGGCCAGAAGCGGCAGCACAGCAGCAGCCUGUACCACAGUGACUGUGACCUGGACUAUGAUCUCUACAGGGAUGACUUCCCGUACCGGGUAUAUGAGUACCAGAAGAUCCCCCCACUCAUUAACUGCAUCCCAAUCAAGACCAGGCGGACUCACUUGGGAGCAGGAAGCAAGAGCAGCCUGAGUCCCCAGCCUGGGACGAGGAGCAGCAGCAGCUCCACCACAGGACGGACAAAGUUGCAAGCUGAAGAGCUGCAUUCCAUCAAGGGGGAGCUGAGCCAGAUCAAGGCACAGGUGGACAGUCUGCUGGAGAGCCUGGACCGCAUGGGCCAGCGGAGAGAGCGUCUCACAGAGUCCAAGGAGAGAGAGAAGAAGAGGGUGGAGCCAGGGACAGAGUUAACAUCCCCAGUGGGAGAGGGGUCACAGGAAUCACAAAGGAAGGAGGGGAUGGGGGCUGAUGGGGACAGCGACCUGCACAACAUCGACAGUGUGGAGGAGAGCACAGACACAGAGGGGACGGUGAAAACUGACAUGUCAGACCCCAAGGGGAGGCAGUAGCCCGACUGGGAUGCCGUGGCCUUCCUGUGAGGCCAACCCUUCCCAGCUUGUGUUAUUUCUUUUGAGGCUUCCAGGUAGUGCCACACAUGACAUGAUGUGCCCGUCCUCAGCACAGCCAUCCCCUGCUGGCAGCCCUGUGUCCCACCUUGGAAGUGGGACAGACCUGGCGAGAGAGGUUUUUGUGUUCCACUGCGCUUGUUUUCUUUUUCCUCCUGUUUUCAGAUCUACGGAUAAGCAGAGGUGGCCUGGGGAGGGAAGGGAGCAGUAAAAAAAUAGAAAGGACCAUAUCUCAAAGUAGCAUCUCAAAUCCCAUCUGCCUUGCUGCCAGUAUCACCUCAGCCACAGGAUGCUGUGGAGAGAGAAUGCAGCCCAGGAUGGCUUUCAGAGCUGCUCAGCAUCCCACCAUAGGAAGAAGGAACCAUGUCAGCCAGCUUCCUAAAGCCAGCUUUAGGAAACUUUUGUGGGAUUUUGGGAUGGUGCCAAGCCUAGCUCUGAUGUGACCUGCAGGACCAGCAGUGGGGCAAUGCCAACCCAAUCACUCCCAUUUGCCCCAGCUCCCAAAUGCAUUUUCCUUACUGGUUUUCC